UAUCCAAGAAAUAGAAUACUUUUUACACAUAAUACCGUAAUAGAAACUCCAGCUUGAUAUACGGUGUAAAAACAAAAUGGAAGGAACAUAUCAAGACCAAUUCUAGAACACCGUCCCCGGGAUUCCUGCAGUCACUAUAACGUAUUGGCCUCUGCCGCCGCAAUAACAUGGCACAUCAACGUAGUUGUGGCUACAUAUGAUACUCUCUGAACUCAUAUAUUCAUUUCAAUAUGCGCCAGUUAUUGCCGUUUGUAAGAUUAAUGGCACCAACCAUACCUGCGCCAAGAGGAGGUCACACAGAAAGCUAUCGCUGUAUAUCGGUUUUCACAAAGACUCUGCUCGGAUUCCAAAAUGGGACACAAAAGGAAUAUCAACAUCGUGCUUUUGAUAACUCUUCUACUAACAAACUACAUCAAUACUACGCAAAAAGAGAAAUACUAAUACACAAACAAAGAAGACAACUAGGGCAUAAAUUCGAAUUCAUACGUGGAAAACAUAAAAGAAGAGCUGUAAAUCCACCUAAAAUACCGUUGCAUCCAAUGAAAGAUGUGGACAAAGAUAUGGAUAGGUUUGAGACAUACCGUGACCUUAAACUGCGUUGGAAGAGAACUACUAAGUCACGUAAAAAUCGAAUAAGAUUGGCAAGAAAAUGGAGACAACCACGAUAUAUAAAUCCAGCCAAUCCACCGACUUGUAUGUUCGUGAUGCACAAACAGUUGCCUCAAACGCGAAAUGUGAGAGGUUAUAAAUACAAUACACAAUGGAUAAACCAAACUGGAGACACUCAAAACUACUCACUUGGUGAAAUCGAACUAGAUAAAUCACAUAAUUUCGACGUGAUGCCUCCAGAUGAAGUUGUACAACAAAUAAAAGAAGGUGCAACCGAUAUGUUUUGCGUAUUCAAGUCAUCAGUAAUGCAUCAACAUAAGGUAACCAAGGGAGACUUGGUACAAAUUGAAAAGCUUAAAAGAAAAGCUGCAGGUGAUAAAGUAACCUUCGGGACAGUGCUCUUAGUAGGAUCAAAGGACUGGACUAUCAUCGGGAAACCAACAGUACCUUACGCAAAAGUGGAAGCAACUAUCGAACAACAGACGCUCUGCGGAGAGCAGUUGAGCUUCAGAUAUCGGAAGUCGAGGAGAAUAUCACGAUUCUUGAGAGUACGACAUUGGGUAACCAUUAUCAGAAUCGAUGAUAUUAUAGUGGAUACUAGCAUGAAAGUAAAUACGGCACCAGUGAAACCGUUAAGGUUACUAGACCUCUGGGCAAAUAGAUGGCUGUAUGAAGAGGAACUAGAAGGGAUCAAGUAUGAUGGCAAUCAAACAGUAGCAGAAAAAAUUUACGAUGGCACUGAACCAAUGUCUGGAAGCUACAAUCGCCUUGGAUUAACGGAAGCUUAUAGAUACCACCCAGAUCCAUACUCAAGCGAUUAAACUCCGGUUUUCCGCUUUUUCUCAGC